CGUCAGGUUCGUAGUGCUGACUGGCUUCCGGUGCUCGGUGGUGGACGGGAUCGGCAGUGAGGGAAGGAGAUCUGACAAGAUGAGUACGAUGUUUGCAGACACGGUGCUGAUCGUCUUCAUCUCUGUGUGCACCGCACUGCUCGCUGAGGGUAUAACAUGGGUGUUAGUUUACAGAACGGACAAGUACAAGAGAUUAAAAGCUGAAGUUGAGAAGCAAAGUAAAAAAUUGGAAAAGAAAAAGGAAGCUAUAACAGAAUCUGCUGGACGCACACAAAAGAAGAAAAUAGAACGCCAGGAAGAGAAGCUAAAAAAUAAUAACCGUGAUCUAUCUAUGGUGCGCAUGAAGUCCAUGUUUGCCAUCGGAUUUUGUUUCACAGCUUUGAUGGGAAUGUUCAACUCAAUUUUUGAUGGACGGGUUGUAGCAAAGUUGCCCUUUGUACCUCUUUCCUAUAUUCAAGGACUGUCUCACAGAAAUUUGCUGGGGGAGGAUUAUACAGACUGUUCAUUUAUAUUCCUGUACAUACUUUGUACUAUGUCCAUCCGUCAAAACAUUCAGAAAAUGCUGGGCCUUGCACCAUCCCGAGCAGCUACAAAACAGGCUGGAGGAUUUUUGGGACCCCCUCCACAAGCUGGGAAAUUCUCUUAAGAUGAACAGAAAAGCUUUUCUAAAUAUUUUUCUUUAGAGAAUGCCAUGGACUCUGUGGGACUGAUUUAGGAAGACUGAACAGAUUUAUGACAACUGAACGGACAAUUUACUCUUUCAUACACUGAAUCUUUUUAUAGUGCUUGCAACUUGAAAAGUCUAGAACAAAUUAUUUAAAACAAAAUCUUCUCUGUAUAUAAAAACGAAUUAUGUAGGGUAAAAUCUAAAACGAG